AUGAAGGCGUCGCAGUGGACGACCACGUCCGGCGGCAUUGAAAAAACCCUCAAAUACACCACCAGCGCAAAGCUGCCGAAGAAUGCAAACAAUCUACCCGCCAAAUCCACCCUGGUGAAAGUCUCGCACGCAAGCAUCAACCCGGUGGACUACAAGCUGGCUGAACUCCCGAUCAUCAAUCGCUUCUUCACCAAACCCGCCAUUCCCGGUCUCGACUACGCCGGCACCGUCGUCGCCACAACACUCCCACACCUGAAGCCAGGAGAUCGUGUCUUUGGAAAAUCACAGCCUCUCGCAUUUGGCUCGACAGCGGAGUACCUCGUGAUCUCGGGCGCGGAUGGCUGUGUCGCUCUACCAGAUGAGGUCUCGUUUGAGCAGGCUGCUUGUGUUGGCGUGGCCGGGUUGACAGCAUACGAAUCGAUCGCUCCCUUCGUGAAGCCAGGCAGCAAGGUUCUCAUCAAUGGAGGAUCUGCAUUGAAGCGCUCCGGCAAUCAGUUCGACUUGAUCGUGGACAAUGUCUUCGCCGAGCCACAGCUCUACUGGCAGUCUCAUCAUUACCUCAAGCCAAGCGGGCGCUUCGUCACCGUCACCUCGCAAUUCACAAUCCACAGCAUUGCCAAUCUCACGGGUAUUCUCACUCUUCCGAAAUGGCUUGGAGGUGGGAGUCGCAAAGCUCAAUUUUUGGGUGUCGGGACGAAGAAGGACGAGUUCGAGACGAUCGCCAGGCUGAUGAAGGAAGGCAAGGUCAAGGCGCAGAUUGAGGAGGUGUUUCCGCUGGACAAACUCGGAGAAGCGUUUGCCAGGCUCAAGGCUGGACGAACUCGGGGAAAGCUUGUCAUCCGGAUCUAA